GAAUUAUUGAAUUGUUUUUCUUAUUAGCAGUUACCCACUCAAGUCAUUAGCGGCUUAAUUCUGUGAGGGAAAACCUUGGGUCACAAUUAUGCGAACUAACGCUUAUUACAGCGGUCUGUGAAUGUUUCGGCGUGGAUUAGCAGGUUUGUUCAACGUUUGCAUAAUUAGACAGACGAAAAACACGGGCAAAAACGCAGAUUGUAAUUUUGACGCAGAUGUGUCACGUUAGCAUACACUUUGCAUGAAGACCAGCUUUUCCUGUUAGUAGAGUAGGAAAAGGCUUUUUAAGAUGUCUCCGUCACUGAUUGGUGUUUAGAGCCACUUUCCAUCCCAGUCUACAUUCACUAUGCUGCAAGCAGAGACCCUCCAACUGCUGUGCCUCACAGCCACCAGUGGGGUCCCUCUGUUCUCACGAGGCUCCGCAAAGCAGCUUCCCUUUUCCAUCAUCGGCUCCCUAAAUGGUGUCCAUAUGUUUGGCGCUGGCCACGGGGCUCAAUUAGCAAGCUGUGAGACGGAUCGAGGGAGCCGUGUGGUUUGGGGCGUGUUUCAGGAGAGCCUGAUGCUGAUUGCGGUGAGCGGCGGCGGAGGCUCCGCCAUCAGUGAGCUGCAGCUGCGCCGCCUGCUGGAGAACGUGUGGAACUGCAUGGUCCUGGUCCUGGGACAGGAUGAGCUAGCAAACAUACGCAACGUGGAGCGGCUAAAACGAGAGUUGCGCUCUUGCUACCGCCUGAUCGACAUGCUCUUGGAACGCGUUAAUGACGAGCAGGGAUUUAUGGGAGAUCUGACGCAGUGUGCCGACUGUUUGCUUCUCUCCCACUCCGGCUUGCUUCAGGAAGCCCUAGACUCCUUCGCCCAAGCAGCGGAGAGUGAAUUUGGCUGCCUGCUGGUGCACGGCCGUGUGGCACUGGCCACGGAGAAGUGGUGGUCUCGACUGACAUCCCAGGAAGUUGUUGUGCUCUCAGUCUUGGUGCACUUGCUUUCCGGUUCAUCUUCAUGUGACUAUCCCGUCUUCCUUCCCCAAGGAAGUCCUACCGUCGCCAUUCGCUUGCUCAGUUUCCAACUACUUCCUGGGAUUCACGUGUGCGUCCUCUGCGGCCCCAAACCCUCUUUGUAUAAGGCGGAGAAUGAGCUCAUCGGUCGUUUUUGGUCCACUUUUGUGGAGAACCUGCGUAGCUGUUUGGAGCAGGCCAAACGUUCUACUCUUCCCCCCUCUGUUAGCCUUCGCUGGGACGUCCAGGCGCUUCUCCUCAUCAACCGUGAAUCUCGACGUGCCGUCACCGUCUGCCCUCAUGUUCGCAGUGGCGCUCCCUCAGAUGCUACGCCUCUCCUCUCCUCUGGCAGGCGCUUGGAGCUCCUCCGCCUUUUUUAUACGUUUGCCGCGACUCGAUAUUUUACCUCUCAGGAGACAUCAGUUUCGUCAGCCUCAACUACCUCGGAGGAUUUCUCUCAGGGUUUUACCCAUGUCCCUGUGCAGUGUUAUCUUGUCACAGAUGAGUGUAAGUGUUAUGGCCUGCAGAGUUCCCAACACCAGCUCUUUCUCCUCAUGGAUCUCUCUGUGCCCACGUUUGCCUUGCGUACUGUGGCUACACGGACUCUGUCAGCGAUUACUGCUGCAACUGGUUUUUAGGGCAUUGGUUUGGACAUGUAUGGUUUAUUUAACCAGGUACCAGACUUACUGGAUUUUUAAAAAUGAACAGUGCAAGCAUUAAUAGUAGAGGAUAGUUCACAUAAAAUUACAAUUCUGUCAUCAUUUUCUUACCCUCAUAUCCUUGUAUGACCUGUUGUGAAUCUUCUAAAAAUGGUCCAUACAAUGACAGUCAUUGUUCAAAACAACAGUGAAUCACAUUGAGAAAAAAUGGCAAGACAUUUUUCCAAAUAUCUUCUUUUGUGUUCCACAGAAGAAAGAAAGGCGUGCAGAUCUGGAAUGACAUGAGGGUGAGUAAAUGAUGACAGAACUUUCAUUUCGGGUGAACUAUCCCUUUAACUAGUCACUGGCAAUUUCUAGUUGUAAUCUUCAAAUUAAGGCUCGUGCCUUGUUGUAUAUUAAUCAGAAGAAGACUUUUUGUUAAAACUUUACAAUAAGAUUCAAUUUGAACUAAUAAUGAACUAUGGACACCAUUUAUUAAUAUUAGUUACUGUAAUGCUAGAAUGUAAUUUCUGCAUCUACUAAUACAGUUUUAUUUUUUAAAGACAUUUAGAGUAUAAAUUAAACAUUGAACAAUACCUAUAAUAACACAUGCUGUAUGCAUAAGUAUUAUUCAUUAUUAGUUUGUGAUACCUAAUGCAUUAACUAUGUUGACAAAUUGAACCUUAUUGUAAAGUGUUACUAAUAUUUCUUUACUGCCACUGCUAAAGUACUUUCUUAGGAGCACAGGAUAUAAACAAAUGUGAUUCUAGAAAGUGAAUCAAAAUAUAGACUCAAAAGCACUUAAUGACUACUGUAUAACUGUAUAUGUGUAGCAUUCACACUGUGAUACCACAUACUACCUUUGGUGUGUUGUUGUUACUAAACAUGAAUGGAAAAUGUGUUUGGCAUUGAGGAUCAACAUAACAUUAUUUUCAAAAGCUGUGUAUGUUAAUAUUCACUUAAUGACACUGGUGAACAAAUUAGUUUUAUAAUGUUUGAAUUUGUUGUGUUAAUAAAUACAUAUGCAUUUCCUUAUGUUUCAGUUCUAUUUUCAUGUUUUAGCACUAACAGUGAAAUAAAAUCAUUCGGCAUUCUAGCAGUAAAUCUGCUGUUAUUAUUUCUGAACCACAUUCAUGUUUUCACCGUGUGAUUUUAAAAAAAUUGUAUUUUUAUUUAUUUUUUUUAUUAUUUGUAAAAAUCAGCAGAAAUCUGUGUAACCCCGCCCCCUGCUGCCUAAUCAUGUUAUGUUCCAAGAACAGAGUCCUAUAUUUUUGUAACAAGAGUGGGUGAUGUAAAAGAAGUACAC